AUGACGACCAUGGCCGCUAUUUCUUCUCCGUUUUUCCUGCUGGAGACUCCUCCGUCUCCACCGAGGAUCCUCGCCGUAUCCGUCGAACAAGGUUAUCGCGUGAUCCCUCGGAACCUACUUUCAGCUUUCAAUAGUUCUAAUUCUCCAAAUUUCACUGUUCCAUCAAUAAAGAUCGAUGCUGCUUCUUCUCCAUCUUUUCUGUUGGAGACUCCUCCGACUCCGCCGAGGAUCGUUGCCGUUUCCGUUGAAGACGGUUAUCGCGUGAUACCUCAACACUUGAUUUCCGCUUUCAAUGAUUCUGCUGCAGCUGUUUCUUCUUUUUCGGGGGAGUCAUUUUCUCAUAGAAGAAGGCGAAAUUUUAUUGAAUGUGUUAUCAGGAGAUCGAAACUUCUUCUUGAUAAACGGAGAGAGCGCGAGCGAAAUCUCAAGCUCGACCACAAGAGGAAAAUUCGCAUUCUUAUGUCCAUGAGGUUUCUCUUUGGUCUUGGUCAAUCAAUGGGGGACGGCAAGCUGAGCGAUGAAGGUGUCCAAGAUUGUAUAAGUGGUAAAAACACAAGACUGGUUGUUGGGACCUCAUGA